AAGCCAACAACUAUACCAAAGUCAGAUCACCACCAUGGUUUCUUUCAAACUUGCCCAACUUAUUUCCAUCGUCGUUGUCGCGUCUUCCUUCUUGAAUAUUGAAGCACGUGUCGUCACAAGAACCACCGCGAUAGCCAAACCAAACGAUGCAUCCCCAUCUCCUUCCGGGGUCUUAGGAGGCAACAAUGCCAACACCGAUCCGAGAAAUCUCAAUCAAGCUGCUACUGUGCCUGCCGGAAUUGCCAAUAAUCCCAAUCGAUCUCCAGUUCCCUCGAAUGCCAGAGGCGGCCAGAAGCCCACUGGAUCUUCCGGAAAUACCAAGACUCCAGAAACACCAAUAAUGUCCCAGAAAUCAGCCAGCAAUUCCCAGAAGCAAUCGCCACAACAGGUCAAAGCCAUGUUAGACGGAGUAGCAAUUAAGCCAAAUGCUGAUGGCACAGCUGGUGCUGAAAGUAGUCCCACUCCAACCGGCGGGAAAAAAGCGCCGAAGACUAAGCGAGCGGAUUCGUCGGGUAUAUCAGCGGAUGAGAAGAAAGCCAACUUUAUGGAGAAACUUAAGGCCAAGUCAAACGCUGCCAGUCUUCCAAAAGCUGGAAAUAAUACGCCUCCCAGCGGAGGAUCCAACCCUCCAGUGAACAACAAGCGACAUCACUCCCCGAGUGAAGCGCCAGAGGAAACGAAACCUGUCCUUGACGAGAAGACCAAAUCCAAGACAAGCGCUGGUGGUUAUACCAAAGCUGGAAACCACACCUCUCCUAUCGGGGGACCCAAGCCUCCAGUGAAUCAGAAGCGACACCACCUGCCGAGCGAAUCUCCAGAUGAAAUGAAACCCGACCUUGCCGAGAAGAUCAAAUCCAAGGCAAGCGCCGGCGGUUAUACCAAAGCUGGAAACCAUAGCUCUCCUAUCGGGGCACCCAAGCCACCAGUGAAUCAGAAGCGACAUCACCUGCCGAGCGAAUCGCCAGAAGAAAUGAAAGCUCAUCAUGCCGGGAAGACCGACCCCAAGGCAAGCGCUGCUGGUCCAACCAAAGCUGGAAGCAGCGCCUCUUCCAUCGGUGGAACUUCUCAGCUACCAGCCCACACCAACCAAGCAGAGCACUCGGUCGGAAAGGCUAUCCGGAAACGAGCAGAUGCGGUACCUAAUUCUGAAGCUUCGACUCGGCAAAACCAACCCACGCCAUCCCAGGAGAAUAAGCCAGAAACACCUAAGGAAAAGGAAGACGCGGCAAAGAAGGAAAAUAAGGACCACAAGGAGGAGCCCAAGGAUCACAAGGAGGAAAACAAGGACAAGAAAGAUCACAAGGAGGAGAACAAGGACAAGAAGGAUCACGAGGAGGAAAAGAAGGAAAAGAAAGAUAACAAGGAUGAAAAGAAGGAAAAGAAAGAUAGCAAGGAGGAAAAGAAGGACAACAAGGAUCACAAGGAGGAAGACAAGAACCACAAGGAUCAUCAGGAAGAAAACAAGGACCACAAAGACGACAACGGAGAACACAAGGAGCACAAAGAUCACAAAGAGGAGCACAAGGACCACAAAGACCCCAAGGAGGAACACAAGGAGGAGCACAAGGACCAGAAAGAUCCGAAGGAGGAACGUAAGGAGGAACGCAAAGAGGAACGCAAGGACCAAAAGGAAGAGCCCAAGAACCCUGAGAUUGCGGCUCCGCUGGUUGAAAGCGUGGAGACCAUAAGUCAAUACUGAAGCGCCUCGGGACCAGUGACGCGUCGGCUUCUGUCGGAAGUGAUUCAUGACACCCUCGACGACCUCAACGGGAAAAAAGGCCGAUAUUGCUGAUGUUCCAUUUCGAUCUUCUGCAGCUUUGAGCCAGGUAAUAAUACUGUGUACUUCUUAUUUAUGUAGAACCAUGUAAGACUAUCA